AUGGCGUCUCUUCAAGCUUCCAUCGAGCCCUUCUCGGGGAAGGCCUGGACGUCAUGGAUUCAACGCCUUGGAUUCUACUUUGUGGCGAAUUCCAUCACAGCCGACGAGAAGAGGCGAGCCCUGCUCCUGACUCUGUGCGGGCCGGAGACAUUUGAAACCGUCCGCGCACUGGUCGCACCAAAGAGCCCAGGAGAAGUGCCGUAUGAAGAAAUCGUCCAAACCUUGGCUGCACAUUACGACCCACGCCCAUCUGAGCUGUACUGUCGCUGCAAAUUCCAAAGACGCGACCAACAACCAGGCGAGUCCAUUGCUGUUUACGUUGCCGCUUUACGUAAACUCGCCGCGGAUUGUAACUUCGGCGUUGGGGCAUUGCCCGCCGCUGAGGCGACGGCAACCACGGCCGCCGCAACCACCGCGCUCCCCCUGGAUAUCAUGUUACGCGACCGUUUCGUCUGCGGUAUCCGAAACGAGCUCGUUCAACAGCGUCUGUUCGCCGAGAGGGACCUUACCUUUCAGAAGGCUUUCGACCUCGCCGAGAGAGCGGAAAGCGCUGCCUUGCAGCAAAAGAGCAUCAAGCUCGAAACAGAAAAGUUAGAAGUGCACAAAACAAGCCACAAGAAAGGAGGCGCAAAGGGAGAGCAGCACACUCCACGCAAGGCACACUGCUACAGAUGCGACGGCUCGCACGAUCCGGAUGUCAUCAGCUACGAGGGACCCCCAGUUCACAUUGAGCUAGAUCCAAACGUCCCACCACGCUUUUGCAAGGCGCGACCGGUUCCUCUUGCGCUCAGACCGGCUGUGAAGGAAGAGUUAGAUCGCUUGGAGAAACAGGGCAUUCUGCAACCAGUGCAACACUCGGACUGGGCAACACCCUUGGUGUUGGUUCGGAAAAAGUCCGGAUUGUUAAGACUGUGUGGCGACUAUAGAAGCACAGUAAAUGCAGCGUUCUUGAAAGCGGCAUACCCGCUUCCCACCACUGAGGAGGUGCUGUCGACUCUUAGAGGUGGAAGAAUGUUUUCAACGCUUGAUCUAUUUCAAGCCUAUCAGCAACUUCCGGUCACCGAAAACACAGCAAAAGUACUGACCGUGAACACCAUGAAUGGACUGUACGCGGUCAAGAGACUUCCAUUCGGAAUCUCAGCAGCACCAGCAAUAUUCCAAAAAAUCAUGGAGACAACUCUCGCAGGAAUUCCUGGCACCAGCGUGUACCUCGACGACAUAAUUGUCUGCGGAGAAACGCCAGAGCAACACAACGAACGGCUAGACCAAGUGUUGUCAAGACUGGGUAAUAUCGGCCUGCGCCUACAGAAAGACAAAUGUCGAUUUGGGGACAUGAAUGUGGAAUUCCUAGGACAUCGCAUCGAUGAACAAGACGGCCAGGCUGACAAUCAGCAAGAGGUGCCGACUGCAGGCGCUCCAGAGUGCUGUGCCACGCCAGCGCCACUCCCAUCCGACGACACUUUGCAGGGACCACCACAGCGGCCUCCGAGACGUCGCCGUCCCCCCGACCGUUACCAAGAUCAGUGGUGA